CAAGGCUUCGGAAGACUUUUCGCUCAGGCUGAGGUUUCCCGCCUUUCCACCUGUGGAGCUGCCGCCGUCCGCGCCGUAGCUGCAGAACCCCAGGGGAGAUGGGCUGCUGCUGCUGCUGGAGCGGCUCCUGGCAACUGGUGCUCCCGGCUUUGCUGCUCUUCGCUGUGGCGGAAUGCCAGCUUCGAGGUUUAUUUCCUGCUAUUCUAAAUCUUGCUAGCAAUGCUUAUAUCAGCACCAAUGCUACUUGUGGUGAAAAGGGCCCCGAAAUGUUUUGUAAACUCGUGGAGCAUGUUCCAGGUCGACCUCUACGCAAUGCACAGUGUCGGAUCUGUGACCACAAUAGUGCAAAUCCCAAAGAACAACAUCCUAUCUCAAAUGCUAUAGAUGGUACUAAUAACUGGUGGCAGAGUCCUAGCAUUCAGAAUGGAAGAGAAUACCAUUGGGUAACCAUAACUCUGGAUCUAAGACAGGUCUUUCAAGUUGCGUAUGUCAUCAUCAAAGCUGCUAAUGCUCCCCGACCUGGAAACUGGAUUUUGGAACGUUCUGUGGACGGUACUGACUUCAGGCCCUGGCAGUACUAUGCAAUUAGUGACACAGAGUGCCUAACGAGAUACAACGUCACACCAAGACUUGGGCCUCCUACAUAUAAGAGAGAUGAUGAAGUGAUCUGCACUUCCUAUUAUUCUAGGCUAGUCCCGCUUGAACAUGGAGAGAUCCAUACAUCAUUGAUCAAUGGUAGACCUAGUGCUGAUGAUCCUUCACCAACAUUACUGGAGUUUACUUCUGCGCGGUACAUCCGUCUUCAAUUGCAACGCAUAAGAACACUUAAUGCUGACCUUAUGACCCUUAGCCACCAUGAUCCUAAAGAUGUUGAUCCUAUUGUUACCAGAAGGUAUUACUAUUCAGUAAAGGACAUCUCUGUUGGAGGAAUGUGCAUUUGUUAUGGCCAUGCUCGAAGUUGUCCUUUGGAUAAAGUCACAAAGAAACUACAGUGCCAGUGUGAACACAACACUUGCGGUGAGAGCUGUAAUGAGUGUUGCCCUGGCUACCAUCAGGCCCCGUGGAGACCAGGAACCAUUUCUGCUGGCAACAAAUGUGAGAGAUGCAACUGUCAUAACAAAGCAGAAGAUUGUUAUUAUGAUCAGAGAGUGGCAGAUCAAAAAAGAAGUCUAAACAUACAUGGCCAAUUGAAAGGAGGUGGAGUGUGUAUAAACUGUACUCAGCACACCACUGGAAUAAACUGUGACAUAUGUAUUGAUGGAUACUAUAGGCCACAUAAAGUGUCUCCCUUUGACAAUAAUCCUUGUCUUCCAUGUGAAUGUGAUUUAUCUGGGUCUGUUGGGGUUGACUGUGUUAAGGAUGAUGAUCAUGCUGACCCACAACAGGGUGUUCAGCCUGGUCAGUGUCAUUGCAAGGAAGGCUAUACAGGAGAAAAGUGUGAUCAUUGUGCCUUUGGCUACAGAGGUUAUCCAAGCUGCAUUCAUUGUAACUGCAGCCUUAUUGGUAGUAUUAAUGAUGACCCAUGCACAGAACCUUGCCUUUGUAAAGAAAAUGUAGAAGGAGAAAAUUGUGACCACUGCAAACCAGGAUUCUAUAAUCUCCAAGACAGAAAUCCCCAGGGCUGUACUGAAUGUUUCUGCUUUGGGGUUUCUGAUGUCUGUGAAAGCCUUCCAUGGCCCAUCAGUCAGGUGUCUUCUAUGAUUGGGUGGCUGGUGACUGCUCCCCUUACCACAAAAACCAUACAGCCUCAACAAGACCACUUUGACAGACCUCAUCAAAUAAGUAUUAAUAAUAUAGAAGCUGAAAAAAUACUAAAGUCUCCUUAUUACUGGUCUGCUCCUAAGCCGUAUCUUGGAAAUAAACUCACAGCCUUUGGUGGUUAUUUGAAAUAUACUGUGUCCUAUGACAUUCCCAUGGACAGUGUUGAUGGUGAUUUGGUGUCUAAUGUGGAUGUUAUUGUCCAGGGCAAUGGCCAAAUUUUAUGUACAAGAUCUGAAGGGUUGUCUUUGCAGCCAUAUGAGGAGUAUUCCAGCACUGUGCGGCUUAUGUCUGAAAACUUUGUUGAUUUUAAUACAAAGAAGUUAAUAGAUCGAGAUAUGCUGAUGACAGUUUUAGCAAAUGUCACCCAUCUUCUGAUCAGGGCCAGUUACAACAUUGCAAAAAAGGCUGUGUACAGGUUGGAUUCUGUCGCUCUGGAUACAGCAAGUGCUAAUCUUAUCGAUCUGUCUUCAGCCGCCGAUGUGGAAUACUGUGAAUGCCUCCAAGGUUACUCUGGGAUUUCUUGUGAGUCUUGUCUUCCUGGCUACUACCGAGUAGGUGGCAUACUUUUCGGAGGGAUUUGCCUGCCGUGUGAUUGCAAUGGUCAUGCAACAGAAUGUGAUAUACAUGGUGUUUGUUUUGCUUGCAAACACAACACUACGGGGAGUUCUUGUGAUCAGUGUUUGCCUGGGUUCUAUGGGACGCCUUCCAGGGGAACUCCAGAAGACUGUGAGCCAUGUGCCUGUCCACUGAAAACUGCUACAAACAAUUUCAGCCCUACCUGUCACUUGGAUAACGGAGGUGAUGUUAUCUGUGAUACAUGUCCUCCAGGUUAUAUAGGAGCCAAGUGUGAAAGAUGUGCAAAUGGGUACUAUGGUGAUCCUUUGGUGCCUGGGCAGUCAUGUAUUCCUUGUGACUGCAGUGGCAAUGUAGAUCCUAUGGAAGAUGGCCACUGUAGCUCCCUUACAGGAGAGUGUCUGAAGUGCAUUGGGAAUACUGUGGGACAACACUGUGAGAGUUGUGCUGAUGGGUAUUAUGGAGAUGCAGUGACCAACAAAGACUGUCGUGCUUGUGAGUGCCAUGUGAAUGGCUCUGUGUCCAGCAUGUGCCAUCCUGAGACUGGCCUGUGCAAUUGCAAAGGAAAUGUGGUGGGCUUAAGAUGUGAGAAGUGCUUGUUUGGAUAUUAUGGCCUAAGUAGUGGACUUGGCUGUCUUCCCUGCAACUGCAGUAAAGCUGGCUCAAUUACUGACGACUGUAACGAUGAAGGACAGUGCCGCUGCAUGCCAGGAGUGGCUGGGGAGAAGUGUGAUCAUUGUGGUCAUGGUUUUUAUUCAUUCCAGAAUGGAGGCUGCAUACCUUGUAACUGUGCUCACACUCAUGAUGUUUGUGAUGGAGAUUCCGGAAAGUGCAUCUGCCCCCCUCAUACUGAAGGAGAAAGAUGUGAACUCUGUGAGGAAAACUUCUGGGGUCUUGAUUCAGAGAAUGGAUGCAAGGCCUGCAAUUGCAGUGAUGUUGGUUCAAUCAGUCUCCAGUGUGACCAGCUGACUUCUCAGUGUCAGUGUAAGAAUGGAUAUGGAGGAGACAACUGUGCUGUCUGUGCUUUGGGGUAUAGAGAUUAUCCAGAUUGUGUUCCUUGUGAUUGUGACUUGCGUGGGAGUAAAGUAGACAUGUGUGAUCAACAUCAAGGAAUCUGCAACUGUGAAGAGGAAACUGGUGCAUGUGUCUGCAAGGAAAAUGUAUUUGGAUUGCACUGCAGUGAAUGCAAAACUGGGAUGUUUGCUCUUCAUGCCAUUAAUCCCUUGGGAUGCAUUUCAUGCUUCUGUUCUGGGAUGUCAGAAUUUUGUUCAGAAGCAGAAGACCAUGUGAGAGUUCCGGUAAUCCUGUCUCUGCAGCCGGUUUCUUUGUAUGUGGUUUCUCACAGUAACCUCACUGGAACCAGUGAAGGCAUAUUUUCUCAGGUCUCUGAUAUCUUAAUGAAUGCCACAACAGUCCGACAACACUUGAAUACAGAGCCAUUUUACUGGAAAUUACCAGAUCAGUUUCAGGGAGACCAGCUCAUGGCAUAUGGUGGAAAACUGAAGUAUUCAGUAGCUUUUUAUGCUUUGGAUGGCAUUGGAACUUCUAACCUUGAACCACAAAUCCUGAUGAAAGGGGGUCACACCAGUAAACAGGUCAUCUAUGUGGAUAUUCCUGCUCCAGAAAACGGAGUAAGGCAGGAUGAAGAAAUUGAAAUGAUAGAGAGUGUCUGGAAAUAUUUUAAUUCAGUAUCUGAUGAAUCUGUCUCACAUUCUGACUUCAUGUCAGUGCUGAGCAAUGUUGAAUACAUUCUUAUAAAGGCAUCAUAUGGUCAAGGAUUACAGCAAAGCAGAAUCUCAAAUGUCUCCAUGGAAAUUGCCAUGAAAGCUGAUGACAUACCCUCGAUGAGAGAAAUGGCUCAUCUUAUUGAGAAAUGCUUGUGCCCUACCGGUUAUGCAGGCCUCUCGUGUCAGAGCUGUGCACCAGGGUACUACAGGGAGAAACAUGGAGAUGUAAACCUAAAAGCCUCUCCGUCACUAGUCCCACCUUGUGUGCCAUGCAAAUGCAACAACCACAGUGAUAUUUGUGACCCCGAAACAGGAAAGUGUUUGGAUUGCAGAGAUAAUACAGUCGGUGACCACUGCCAUGUUUGUGCCCCAGGCUAUUACGGCAAGGUGACUGGAUCUGUCAAUGAUUGUUCUCUAUGUGCAUGUCCAAGAAUGAGCCCAGGGAGCUUUAGUUCCACGUGUAUUAUGAAAGGCGUUAAUGAUUUCCACUGCAAUGCUUGUAUCACUGGAUAUGAAGGCCAAUACUGUGAAAGGUGUUCUCCAAGUUAUUAUGGAAAUCCUAAAGCACCUGGGGGCAACUGUCAGCAGUGUCAAUGCAACCCAAAUGGUUCUGUUCACAAUAACUGUGAUCAUAUUUCCGGGCAAUGUAUCUGUAAGCAAGGUGUAACAGGACACCUGUGUGAUGAGUGUGAAUUAAGGCACAUUCUUGUAGGAAAUGAAUGUGUUGCUUGUGAUGAUGACUGCACAGGAUUGUUGUUAAAUGAUUUGGAUAACCUUGAUGAAGCCGUGUUUUUGGUAAACCUUACUGGUCCUGUUGUGGCACCAUAUGGAAUGCUUUUAGACUUGGAAAAUGCAACAAAGCAUUUAAAGGGUUCCUUUUGGGCUAAGGAAGAACCAACCUCCGCAAUGGAAAUAAUGAACCACCAUCUUGUAACCAUAGCAGGUGACACAGACCAGCUGCACAGAGAGUUAAAUAGAAUAUUACAAAGAGGGCGGCAUCUCCACAACGCUACGGAAAAGACCUUGAAGAAGAGUCGAGAACUGGCUGUAUUUAUUGAUACAUUACAGGCAACUGUUAAAGUACUUGUGGAAGUGGCAACAUCCCUUAAUGAAACAUUAGGUAUGGAUUUCCCUUUGUCAAAUAGAACAUUUCAGGAACUGGAAGAAGAGAUCCCCAUCAUGUUGGAUACAAUGCGUGGAAGAUAUUUCAAGCAGCUGCACCAAGACAGUAAUCUUGAGUUAAAAGCUGUGGAAAGGAUGAUGAUGCGAAUUCAGAAAGAAUAUUGGAGACCUCAGCAAGAAUUAAAAAACUUAAAAGAAACUGCAAAACGUACCCUAUUAAACCACAACACCAAACUUCAAGAAGCCAAAGAUCUUGUGAAUGAGGCUAGCACCAAUACCAAUGAGACACUGCGCCUGCUUUUUCUUAUUAAUAGCAACCUCAAGGAGUUCAAUCAGACAAAGCUGAGUAUUCAAGAAAAAAAGGAGCUCUCUGUUAUGCUGACCAAUGGAGGGAAAGUACAGUUGGAUGUGGCAGCUGCCCUUGCUAAAGAUGUAAUUAACACUAUAUCUAAUCUAGAAAGCUAUCGAGAUGGACUGAUCCUAUGGAAUGGCAAACUAAGGCAGCAUGUGGAUGACCUGGUCAUGCAGUUGUCUGCUCGAGGUGCCCUUGAUCUUGUUUACAGAGCGGAAGAUCGUGCAGCUGAAUUACAAAGAGUUGCUCAUGCAUUAGACAGUGGUCUCUUGAAUGCUAGAAAUGUGUCCUUGAAUGCAACAAAUGCAGUUUCUGCAUUCUCCACCGUUAAAGGUCUGAUUGAAAGUGCAGACAGUCUGGCAAGUGAUGCUUAUAGGAUUGUAGUGGACUCAACACGUGUGCGAAAACAAACCUUUAAUUCUACUGGGAAAAGCUUUCUCCAGCUUGGCUCCAAGUUUUUAACUGAAGCAAAAAGUUUGCACAAGAAGUAUGAAGGAUUUAUGUCUGGAUUAAAUGAGAUGAACAUAAAAGUGGAAAAACUUAAAGAGAAAACCAGUGGCUUUGCUAAACAGUUUAAUGACUCACUGUUGCAAUUGACUGCAUUGUCAAAUGGUAUCAGUGAAAAUAUUCUUGCUGUACGAGAGCUUGCUGUGUCUGCUAAUGUGACUGCUCUUAAUGGUUUAAGACGCACUGGGGUUUUUAGUGAGAAGUUGCUGAACACUUCAUUUGCAUUGUCUAAAGUUAAUGAGACAUUGCAGAAAACCAAUGAACUUAUAAUCGACUCAUCAAAAGCUGCUGCGUCAGCUGAAAGAAAAGUGAAUGAAGUUGAAAUCCUGGCCAGUAUCUUAUUUGGUAGGCUGAAACCUCUGAAGGUGCUGGAAGAGAACCUCAGCAGAAACAUCUCUGAAAUUAAAGAGCUCAUCAGUCAGGCCCGCAAACAGGCAGCUUCUAUUAAAGUUGCAGUGUCUGCAGAAAGAGACUGUAUUCGUGCCUAUCAGCCCCAGAUAUUAUCUACUAACUACAAUACAUUAACAUUAAAUGUUAAAACAACUGAACCUGAUAACCUCCUAUUUUAUCUGGGUAGCAGUGGCAAAACUGAUUUCAUGGCAGUGGAGAUGCGACGUGGUAAGGUGGCUUUCUUGUGGGAUAUGGGCUCUGGAUCAACAAGACUGGAAUAUUCUGACUUUCCCAUAAACAACAACAAGUGGCACAGAAUACAUGCUACAAGGUUUGGAAAAACUGGCACUCUGAGCGUAGAGGAGACCAACUCUUCUCAGAAAUCCUUGAUGAGAACUGCUACCUCUCCUGGGACAGCUACAGUACUGGAUGUAAACCAAUCAACUCUCAUGUUUAUUGGUGGACUUGGAGGGCAAAUAAAGAAAUCACCUGCCAUUAAGGUAACACAUUUUAAGGGAUGCAUGGGAGAGGCAUCCUUGAAUGGCAAAUCUGUUGGACUCUGGAACUACAUAGAAAAGGAAGGCCAGUGCAAUGGAUGCUUUGGAAGCCCCCAGGAUGAAGACACUUCAUUUCAUUUUGACGGCAGUGGAUAUUCGGUGGUUGAAAAGGCACUUCGCUCCACUGUGACCCAAAUAAUUGUAUUUUUCAGCACCUUCUCCCCAAAUGGGCUCUUAGUAUACCUGACAUCUAAUGGCACAAAGGAUUUCUUGUCUCUGGAGCUUGUUGAUGGCAAAGUUAAACUAACUGUUGAUCUUGGUUCAGGUCCUCUUACCCUUAAAACAGAAAGCCGCUACAAUAAUGGAACAUGGUAUAAAAUUUCAUUCAGUCGAAAUAAAAAAGAAGGGAUUUUGGCAGUCAUGGGUGCUUAUAACCUCAGUUCUAAAGAAAUCAAGCAAGGAGAAUCCCCUGGUACAGCCUCUGACUUGAAUCGUUCUGAUAAGGAUCCUAUUUAUGUUGGUGGGUUACCACGGUCAAGAGCAGUAAGGAAAGGGCUUAGUAGCAGAACGUAUGUGGGAUGUAUUAAGAACUUGGAAAUAUCCCGUUCCACCUUUGACUUGCUUAAAAAUUCGUAUGGUGUGAGGAAAGGCUGCAUCCUGGAGCCCGUACGCAGUGCUAGUAUCUUAAGUAAUGGUUACAUUGAGCUGCUGCCAAAACCCCUAUCACCAGAGUCAGAACUUAUGGCAACGUUUGCUACUAAGAACACCAGCGGUGUUAUCCUUGUGGGGCUUAGCAAAGGUGCAGAAAAGCGAAGACGCAGGCAAGCCCAUCUACCCUUUUUCUUCAUCAUGUUAGUCGAUGGCCAUCUGGCAGUGCAUGUUAAUGCUGGGGACAGAGGAAGUACAAGAAAGGUCAUAGUUGAGCCUGUUAAUGGAACUUACAGUGAUGGCCAAGAACAUUCUGUUAUUCUGACUCGGAAUAAGAGAAUGAUAACUGUUCAAGUGGAUGAAAAUAGCCCUGCGGAAAUUAGGCUUGGCCCAUUGGCAGAAACAAGACCAAUGAAUAUCUCCAGUUUCUUCAUUGGUGGGAUUCCUGCAGGGGAAGGUGUUUUAGGACUAAAGAUGGCUGGCUCUCUCUAUGGCUGUAUAACCAACCUGAUAUUUAAUAUGGAACUUUUGGAUUUCACUACUGCAGUGAGAUAUGAAGGUGUUGAUAUGGACAGUUGCUUCCUCUGGGAGAAGCCUAGGCCAGUCACCCAGCCAGAAGACCCUGAGAUUCUACCUGAGACGCAAAUGCUACCAAUCUCUUACAGAACUCUUACAGAAAUAAAGAAAAAACCUUGUGCAGAGGAGGAAAUACUGAAGUAUGUUUCUGGUGCUCAUCAGUUUGGCCUUGCCAGAAGUAGUCACUUGAUGCUACUUUUCAAUCAGUCUACAGUAAGAAAGAAGCUUUCUGUGCAGUUGAACCUCAGAACCUUUGCUUCUAGUGGCCUGAUAUACUACAUGGCUCACCAAAAGCAGGUUGCGUAUGCAGCCCUUCAGCUACAAGGGGGGAAGCUUUAUUUUUCGUUUGACCUUGGAAAAGGCCGGGCAGUAGCCUUUCAUGGAGCAAUCAUCAGUGAUGGAAAAUGGCACAUGGUGAAGACAGAGUGCACUAAAAGGAAAGGUGUUGUCAUAGUUGAUGGGCAGGAAUCUGUGGCUGUAAAUGUUCCAGGAGAUGGAAACACAUUGGAUGUGGAUGGGAAGCUAUACCUGGGGGGUCUACCCUUAGCUUAUGCAGCCAAGAAUAUUGGAAAUAUUACUCACAGUAUCCCCGCAUGCAUUGGUGGAGUAACCAUUAAUAGCAAACAACUGGACAAAGAGAGCCCAGUCUCAGGUUUUGGUGUGAAUAAAUGCUUUGUUGCAGCCCAGGAUGGAACUUUUUUUGACGGAAAUGGUUUUGCUGCCCUUGUUAAGGAGGGCUACAAAGUCCGAUCCGAUGUUAAUGUUACAUUUGAGUUCCACACCACUGUUCUGAAUGGAGUUCUUCUUGGAAUUAGUAGUGCUAAAGUAGACGCUAUUGGAUUGGAGAUUGUAAAUGGCAAGGUUUUAUUCAGUGUCAACAAUGGAGCUGGUAGAAUAACAGCUACCUAUGAACCAAAAGGCAUGGCUAGUCUGUGUGAUGGACAGUGGCACAAACUUCAAGCAAACAAAAGCAAGCACCGCAUUGCUCUGAUAGUGGAUGGGAACGUGGUUCAGACUGAGAAUCCACAUAAGCAGUCAACCUCUGCAGAUACAAACAACCCCAUUUAUGUUGGAGGAUAUCCUGUUGAUGUAAAACAAAAUUGCUUGACCAGUAAGAGCUCAUUCCGAGGCUGUUUGAGAAACCUUAUGCUGAUUAAGAGCCAACAGGCAGAAUCCUUUGACUUCAGUGAAGCCUUUGACCUGCAUGGAGUUUUUCCACAUUCCUGCCCUGGGGCUAAACAGUAAACGGCAGGAGAAAUGGUCCAUCUUUGGAGAUUUUGUCUAUUUUUAAUGAAAAAGAAAUGUUUUAAUGAUAAUCCUGGUCUCAGUGAUCUCUGUAUUUUCCAGCUCAGGACAAAUAAUUUUAGCCAGAACUUCUACGAUACCAUCUUUAAUUUUUAAGUCUCUUUGUACAACAGAUACCUCUACUAAAAUGUUAAUGAUAUUGACUAAGUACUGAUUUUUAUUGUUUGUGAAAGUUGUCCCCCCACCCAGUGUUUACAGUGUAACUUCUGCUGAUU